AUGGCUCCUCCUACAGUUCCUCUUGUCCAACUCCAUAGUUCUUCCGAAAGUGAAGUACAGGUACGGCCUUCUGUAGUACCGACCUCGCCUCCUGGUACGAAGCCUCAAGAUCCCAUACGGAUUCUCUUGACCGGCUAUGGCCCCUUCCAGACCCACACUGUCAAUCCUUCUUUCGAGAUAGUCUCUGGGCUUGACUUGUCUCCAUUCAUUGGCCAGGCCGAGAUCUUCGUCUAUCCAGAGCCGGUCCGGGUGGCUUACCGGACUGUCAGGAGCCUCCUUCCUCGGAUCUUUGCAAGCCACCCAAAUUUCGAUUACGUGAUCCACCUGGGUGUUGCGAAGCUGUCAACCGGAUUUUUCAAACUGGAACAAGGCGCACAUCGAGACGGUUAUGAGAAGGUCGAUGUGGAUGGGAUACGUGGUUGUGACUUAGAGAAGAGUGUUGAGGAAGGAUGGGAAGACUGGAAAGAGCAGCAGACGCAUAUAGCGACAUCGAUCGAUGUAGAAGAGCUGGCAAGAGAAGUGACUAAGAAAGUUAAAGUACUUAUCACCUUGAUAUACAAAACUGACAGAGAACUUGAUGCUUUAUUGACGAUUCUGAUUCUUGCUCAUCCGGCUGUCAAUGUGGAUACUUCGAAUGACGCAGGUCGAUACCUCUGCGAAUAUAUCUUCUACAGCUCACUUGCUCAUUUCAAUGCCCAUCGGCGAGUACUUUUCCUUCACGUCCCGGCCGGACUUGAGGAAGAAGACAUUGCUCAAGGUCGAGCAGUGCUGGCAGAGAUCAUAUGGACGAUUAUUCGACUGCAUCACGCCUGA